AGUAAACACCCCGAGGAUCACCUUUGACAUCUGCCUUUGUCUCUGACUGAAAUCAAACUAACACUGAACAAGGAGAACAGACAGAGAACCCAACUACUAUACACUGAAACACAGACUGCUACAGGAGGAGAAACAAGCAAAUCAAAGUGAAACUUCACUCUGAGACAAAAUGGCUUCCAGAUCAGAUGAUGAUCUCUCCUGUCCGGUCUGUCAGGAAAUAGUUAAGGAUCCAGUUCUUCUGUCAUGUAGCCACAGCUUCUGUAAGGAGUGUCUGCAGAAAAAUUGGAGAGAGAAACCAGGAAGAGAGUGUCCAGUUUGUAAAAGGAGAUCUUCAAUGGAGCAACCACUUCCUAAUCUGGCUCUGAAAAACCUGAAUGAAUCUAUCUUAGAGCAUAGAGCUUCAGAAGAUCUCUGCAGUCUGCACUCUGAGAAACUCAAACUCUUCUGUCGGAACCAUCAGCAGCCAGUGUGUCACACAUGCAGAGAUUCAGAUUUACACAAAAACCACAGAUUCAGACCCAUUAAUGAAGCUGCUCAGCAACACAAGAAGAGCCUUCAGGAAACUCUGGAGCCUUUAAAGGAGAAGCUGGAGCUCAGGAAGAAAGUUCAGGAGGAGUUUGAUCAGACAGCAGAACACCUGGAGGUCCAGGCCCGACACACAGAGAGGCAGAUUAGGGAGCAGUUUAAGCAGCUUCAUCAGUUUCUAGCAGAGGAAGAGGAGGCCAGGCUGGCUGCACUGAGGGAGGAAGAGGAGCAGAAGAGAGGGAUGAUGAAGGAGAAGAUGGAGGCUCUGAGCAGAGAGAUAGCAGCUCUUUCAGACACAGUCAGAGCCACAGAGGAGGAGCUGAGAGCUGCAGACGUCUCAUUCCUGCACAACUACAAGGCUGCAGUGGAAAGAGUCCAGCGCUGCCCCCUGCUGGAGGAUCCACAGCUGCCCUCAGGAGCUCUGAUAGACCAGGCCAAACAUCUGGGCAACCUGGCCUUCAACAUCUGGAGCAACAUGGAGAACAUGGUGACCUACACUCCUCUGGUUCUGGACCCAAACACGGCGGGUCCAAAACUCCAUCUGUCUGAAGAUCUGACCAACGGGAGGGGAGGGGAGAAACAACAGCUUCCUGAUAAUCCAGAGAGGAUUGAUGGACCUUGGUCUGUUCUGAGUUCUGAGGGUUUUAACUCAGGGAACCACAGCUGGGAUGUUGAUGCUGGAGACAGUUUAUUCUGGAGACUUGGUGUGUUAGAAGAGUCUGUUCAGAGGAAGGGAUUCAUACUGUCUGGACUGUUGGUUAUAGAUUUCUCUUCAGGUAAAUAUUUUGCACGUUCUCCAUCAGCUCCUUCCAAAGUUCUCUCAGUCCAGAAGAAUCUCCAGAGGAUCAGAGUGAAUCUGGACUGGGACAGAGGAAAGCUGUCCUUCUCUGAUCUGGAUACCAACACACACAUACACACCUUCACACACACCUUCACUAAAAAGAUGGUUCCAUAUUUUGAAAUUAAUAAAACAUUAAAGAUCCUACCGAUGAAGAUCUCAGUGAUCAAGCAGCAGCUCUGAUGAUCUUAGCAUGAAGAUUACAAAGUCCAAAUAAAAACUUAUUGAUCAGAUUGAAACUGUGAGUUUUAAAGAGGAAACCGGAGACAAUCUUAUCAUCUGGAGACUUCUUCAUCUGUGUUUAGCUUCAGAUUCAUCACCAGGCUGCUGGAAGCAGCAGGGCAGCAUUAAUCUUUCACAUCUGACUCUUUCGUCUGAGUUCAGAUCUGAUUUUAAAAUGACUCAAAGUGAGACGUCUUGUUUUUUUCUUCAUCUCUUUGUUAUUAUUUCCAUUUUUCAGGAACUGAUGUAUUAAAAAUGUGGAUUUUAUAGAAUAUGUGAGCAAAAAUGAUCUCAGCAAUGUGUUUAGUUUACAAACUAAAUAUUUCAUUUUAAAAGUAAAUAUUUAUUGUCCA